AAGAUAGCGGCUUGCGGCUUUGUGCUUUGUGUUGUGGUGCUGUUGUGAGUUGUUUGCCUGUGCCCUUCAUGACACCGUCUUUCAAAAGGAAUAUUUUAAAACAAGAUACUAAAUUUUAAGGGAAAAUGUCAAAAAACCCUUCCUCUUCAACCAACAUAAGAAAUAUAUUUGACACUAUGGAUUAUGGAACUAUUCAAGAAGGGAAGAGUUCGGGACAGGCUUGGCUUUCGGAAAAUAAAGAAAAUUUUGGUCUUUUUGUGAAUGGAAAACUUACAAAAUCUCAGCAAGGUGCAGGUAGCACAUUGGAGGUGUCAACAGGUGUCAAUUAUUCUGUCAAAUUCUCUAUAAACAAACAGGAGGAUUAUGCCAUUGCCCUAUCUGCAUCACACUCAGCAUUUCCAGCUUGGUCAGCAUUGGAAGGCCAUGCAAGGGCCAGUGUUCUGUACAGCAUUGCAAGGCAACUUCAAAAGCAUACAACUCUUCUCUGUGAAGUAGAAGCUCUUAGUCGAGGAGUUCAAGUUGGCAAUGCUCGAGAAUCCGAUGUUCCAGCACUUAUUCGUACAUUUUAUUACUAUGCUGGGUGGGCGCAAAUCAGUGAGACUGAUCUACCUGAAUGGCAACCCUGUGGGCCUGUCAUUGGUGUGACUUCCAGCAGCUCACCUUUGUUAAGCCUCGCCCUUUUCAUUGCACCUGCUCUUGCAGCAGGAAAUACUGUUACUCUUUUACCUCAUGUGUCAAAUUGCAUUUCAGCAUUUUUUCUUGCUCAGCUUUGCUCCUCGUCUGGGGUUCCAGCAGGUGUAAUAAAUGUUGUUCCUCAAGAUCAUACAGAUGAGGAAAAAUGUCCUGCAUUAACCAAUAGCAGUGUGAAUAAAAUUGCUGUUAUUGGCUCUCAAAGUACUGGACGAAGUGUUAUUGGUAGCUCUGCUCUUUCUCAUCAAAACCAUCUUUCUUUGUUGAACAGUUGUGUCCCAAUGAUUGUACUUGAUUCUGCGGAUUUGGAUGGUGUUGUAGAUUGUGUCAUUGAUGCCUCCUGGAUUAACCAAGGCCAGGACCCAUGGUCUUUGAAUCUGCUGAUAGCUCAAGAAUCAGUGUACGUAUCAUUAAAGGCAAAGCUGACUGAUCGUGUCAGAUCUUUGAAAACUGGAGCUACUUUUGAAAAAAUGGUGGAUGUAAGCAACAGAGUGGCAGACAGUUCACUUGCUGAAAGGUUGCAGAACGUCUUAUCUUUGGUCUCUCAUGACGAUGUUAUCCAACCAAUUGACUCCAAUUCUACUAUGUGGACUCCAACUGUAAUUUUUCCGCCUGCUCCAUUAGCAACUCCUGUACUACAGAAUUCAGACGAGUGGCCUGCACUGCAGGUUGUCAGUGCAAGAUCUGCCAAGGAAGCUGUUAAUAUUGCCAAUCAUUAUGGUGGAGGAUUAGCUGCAUCUAUUUGGACGGAGAACUCUGCACUCUCCUGGGAGUCAUCUUUAAACCUAAAGGCCAGCACAGUAUGGGUAAACAGUUAUGGUUCCACAGAUGCCAGUGUUCCAAUCACUGGGCGAAAUUCUAGUGGAAGUGGAUGUUUCCUAGGAAAAGAAGGCUUCCUUGAAUAUCUUCAACCAAGAACUGACUCACAUUUACUGUCAAAUGAAGAUGGCCCUAGUGUACCUGUAAUUGGUCAUACUAGCUUGUUGCCUGCUGAUCCUGAGAAACCUGACAUUGACCAGACUUGCAAAUUUUUCUAUGGUGGAGGGCAUAAGCGCCCAAGUUCAAACACUUACAAGACAGUACUAGAUUCAAAGAAAAAGACUGUUGCAGUAGUUCCAGAGGCUAACAGGAAGGAUGUGAGAAAUGCUGUAGAGGCGGCUUUGAAAGCUCAGCCUAGCUGGUGGAAGAGAGAUUCGCACAAUCGUGCUCAGAUCAUGUAUAAUUUGGCUGAAAAACUGACUGCUAGACAGAAUCAUUUUGCCAAGUCCCUCCUAAAAGUUUAUGAAACUGUAUCAGAAGACAAGUGUCGCCAAGAAGUUGAUGAAUGUGUGAAGCUACUCUUCCAUUACGCUGCAAUUUGUGACAAAGCCCUUCAAUCCAGCAGCCAGUUGGUUAAUGGAAUGUCUGUGCAUGUCAUGAGGGAACCUCUUGGUGUUGUGGCCGUCACACUCCAAGCAUCUACCCAUUAUUGUCUGGCUAGUUUGAUAGCCCUGAUUGGCUGUGCAAUUACGUUCGGAAAUGUCUGUGUAGCAGUUGUUGAUAUGGAGUGUUCCCUCCCUGCUUUAGAGCUAGCCCUGUUGUUAGAGGCGUCAGAGUUGCCUGCAGGUGUCAUUAACAUUUUAAGCGGCGACACAUCUUCUCUCUUACCUACUAUAUGUGGACAUAUGGAUGUAAAUGCUGUCUGGUUUACAGGUAAUCAAAAAAGUAUUCCAGCUGUGAUAAAAGCAGAAUCAACAAAAUCAAACUUAAAACAGAGUUGGAUUAUGGAGCAGGUUCUAAAUCCCGUUACACUUCGCCAGAUUUAUGAAAAGAGAGCCUCUCAAACAAAGGCAGUAUGGUUGCCUACCAUAGCUUCUUUUGGUGCUUAAAUUAAUUGAGUGAUGACUGGAUUAUUUUAAUUUUUAUGUGGUCUGCCUUGAUCUAAAGUGUACUUUUGUAUCUUCUUGUUUGUGUCAUAAUAUACAUAUAUUUUUCAGUUGAAGAA